AUGGAUUCCUCCAACGGCAAGGGCUCCAGCACCUCGCGUCCGUCUUCCGCAAGGCGUUCGCGUUCGUUGAGGUUGUCCACUGGCAGUGGUGCUACCGACGAUGACUACGACCUCAGCGCCAUGAUGGUGGCCGAUGGCUUCCGGCCCUCCGAGACUGCCGCAUCCUCUACUCAACCUACUUCGAAUCCUCGUACCGAUCCGUCACUACCAUCCGAGGCUUCCUCCCGAUCAACGCCCCCUAUAGAAUCUCACCAGCCGCCAGGUGCUACAGCCUCGUCUCCUGAGAUAACAUCUGCCAUCCGAAACCGUCCUUCCAGUAUCUCAAAGCCACCUCGGGCCCACGACUCUCUUGCUCUCAGAAACGAAGGUGGGUCGGCCGUUGGCCGGCCUCAUGUGCGCAAUGUUCCAAGCGUGUCUUCCGACUCACCCGUUAUACGCGCCGAAAGCCCCUACACAGGCCCAUCUGGCCCAUCACACCCUUACCAGAUGUAUCCUCAACGGACCCUGAGCGUAGCUACUACUUCGACCACUGCCGCCGCGGUUAUUCCGGAAGACCGUUCUUAUGGAGGUCCUCGUGGUCCGACUCAUCCCUAUGCUCUCUACACCCAAAACACAACUUCGACUGAAACGACCACCCCAUCGAUUCCUGUGGGAUUCAAUGACAUGGGAGCAGGAUAUCAGCGGCAACUCGGUCCUGAUGGAGAGGAGGCGGGUGAUUUGAUCGGCCCAUUGGGACAUAUGGAGGAACUGCCGCCAUACACGAGAUAUCCGGACACUCCUUUCGCCCCCAAGCCCACGACCGAGACGCCUAGCACCGAGCCUUCGUCUCCGGACAGCAGAAACAUUCCUGGAGCCGGUGGGAUUGGCAUGGCGACUCGCGACCCUGAAUUUUCCUCAACCGACGACGAUCUGGCUUUACCAAGGACACGUCCCUCGGUCAGGAGUAAUACAUCCGAGACUAGCCAUCACGACAUCAACACUGCUGCUGUUGAGGUUGCCGAGAAACCUGCCGUCAACAAAUGGCAACGACGUGCAAAGAAGAAGCUUUGGGGGAUUGUGCCGUACUGGGCCAUUUGCUUGAUGACCGUGGGCCUGGUUGUGAUGGGCAUCAUCAUGGGUGCUGUUAUUGGAACAAUCUUCUCUCGAGAUGGGCCUCCUGGUGGCCAUCCACCCCCUGAAGAUGCGCAAACCUCAUCACCAUCAACGACAUCGUAUGAGCCCGAAACACUCACAGCGAUUCCAACUGAUCUACCUCCCAUGGCCACAGGCCACUAUGCGCUCCCAAAUAUCGAGCCAACGCGGACGAACACGUUGUGUUUCAACAAUUCCGACCAGGUUAAAGCCUGGACAUGCAAGACCUACUUCCCCCUAUGGUCGAUCGAGGUCAAUGAGGUCUCAACGCCUGACUCCCAGACGUCCUACAAGCUGAUACUAACACCGAAGGAUGGUUCCCCGGAGCUCCCCUGGGGCAUUCAGCCUCCUGAUAAUCUUCCGCCACAACUCAUGGUCUUGGUCAAUGACACAUCCGCAGGUGGCUUUGGUCCUGCGUGGCGGGUCAAGACGACAUACAACAAGACAGUCAUUGUUCCUGAGAAGGACUUUCCCUUAACCGGCAAAAGAAAAAGAGGAUAUGAGGAUGAUGAUGAUGAAGAUGACGACGACGAGUAUAUGUAUCGCCCUUAUCCGCAUCGCUUCAAGAAACAGCCUAUCCACGCUAUGGUGGGCGAUAAGCCGUGGGUCUGUACUUGGCCCAACACUGUUCUCGAAGUUUACAUCUAUCCCAAUGAGGUCGCCAAAGUCCCAUCAUAUACCCCAUCUGCCACCACCACCUAUGGCUCUGCCACUACGACAGCCACCUCUUACGACCCCUACGCGACCGAGUUUGGCAAGGCCGUACCCUACUACCCCAAAGUCUUCAAGAUGAUAGAGCGUCGCCUUCCCGUGACUGAAAAGACAGUGGCGAGCUGUCAACAGGUUGAAGUGUACGAGGAUGGCGAGUGUAAAACGCUCGAGGGCAGCCACACCGUCAUUAUUGAAGAGAUUGAGUCUGGAGACUCUGUCAAAUUGUUUUCACCACGGUCGGAUAUCGAGUCAAAACGAGAGAUUUUUGGAGGACUCACUGAACGUGGAUCGCUCGAACUUGCUGAUUGCAGCUGUCUAUGGUCAAAUUAA